AGGGCGGCAGUCUCGAGAAUACUUGUCGUGACGCCAGAGCGGUUCUUCCUUUCCGCUGAGCCCUCACGAGUGGAACAUGUCGCAUACUGCAGAAAGAAGAAAUGAUGAUCAAUGGUCGGGGGAUUCAAAAAAUGGUCCUAGCGAAAGUGAACAGCCUACAUAUGAUGGACCUCCCGGCAUGGACCCCGAUGGUAUCAUCGAGUCCAAUUGGGACGUUGUUGUGGAGAACUUUGAUGAAAUGAAUUUGAAAGAAGAAUUAUUACGUGGUAUAUAUGCUUACGGGUUUGAAAAACCAUCUGCAAUUCAACAACGUGCCAUCCUACCAUGUAUAAGGGGGCUCGAUGUUAUUGCUCAGGCCCAGUCUGGUACUGGCAAAACUGCAACGUUUUCAAUAUCGAUCCUUCAACAAAUUGACACUAGUAUUAAAGAAUGUCAGGCCUUGAUCCUCGCACCAACCCGUGAAUUAGCUCAACAAAUUCAGAAAGUCGUUAUCGCUCUAGGAGAUUUUAUGCAUGCCGAAUGUCAUGCGUGCAUUGGUGGCACCAACGUCCGUGAGGAUAUGCGAAAACUGGAUCAGGGUGUUCACGUGGUUGUCGGUACGCCCGGUAGAGUCUACGAUAUGAUCAGUCGACGAGCACUUCGAGCGAAUAGCAUCAAGCUGUUUGUACUGGAUGAAGCUGACGAAAUGCUUUCUCGAGGAUUUAAGGAUCAAAUCCACGAUGUAUUCAAAUUAUUACCUAACGAAGUGCAGGUUAUAUUAUUAUCUGCAACAAUGCCGUCUGAUGUAUUGGAUGUAUCUAAAUGUUUUAUGCGGAAUCCUAUUCGUAUCUUGGUUAAGAAAGAAGAGUUGACAUUAGAGGGUAUCAAACAAUUUUUCGUUUAUGUUGAACGUGAAGAUUGGAAAUUGGAAACCCUUUGCGAUUUGUACGACACGCUGAGCAUCACUCAAGCUGUUAUUUUCUGCAAUACACGGCGUAAAGUAGAUUGGCUAACAGAGAGUAUGCAUAAACGUGAUUUUACUGUUUCUGCUAUGCAUGGAGAUAUGGAACAAAAAGAACGCGAUCUUAUUAUGCGUCAAUUCCGAACUGGAUCGUCUAGAGUUUUGAUUACCACUGAUCUUUCGGCACGUGGUAUUGAUGUACAACAAGUCUCACUUGUUAUUAAUUAUGAUUUACCUUCCAACCGAGAAAAUUAUAUUCAUCGAAUUGGACGUGGCGGUCGCUUUGGUCGUAAAGGUGUGGCCAUUAACUUCGUGACAGAAGAAGAUAAACGAACUUUGAAAGAUAUCGAACAAUUCUACAAUACACACAUCGAUGAAAUGCCAAUGAAUGUCGCUGAUCUGAUCUAAGUCCGACUGUUGGCUAUAAUCCAUUAUAAUAAAAAAAAUAAUAAAAAGCAGUUUUGGACGGUCCAGGUGUGGGCGACAUAUUUUUGGAAAUAAAGACCAGAUUUCCUGAUUCAAAA